ACCUCCGCCCCCGACUCGCUGCCUUUCCCUGUCUCUAGCCGUCUUGCUCACUAUCCUCGGCUCCUUAGACCCUCUCACCUUCUGCCUCUGAGAGGAGACCACUCACUCUGCAGUACUAUCCUUUUUCUAAUCAACGUUCCUGUUGACUCUAACUUUGGCGAGUGUGUUGAAUCCUUUCUACACUCUCCACCAGAGGACCCUCUCUACCUCUCCAUAAGGGGCUUUUAAAAAGCCCCCCCCCGGGGGGGGGCGGGGAGGGGGAUUUGCAUCACAACUAUUUAGGAAGAGUUGGCUCCCCUUAAGAAUAAAGUGUAGGGGUGAGAGCUUGCUCUGGGGUUGCAACCGGCCUGGCAGCUUUCCACCUACCGUGUCCUUGGACAAAUGCCUAGAUGCUCUGUUCCGUGACUUCCUCGCCUGUUGAGUGGCUGUGAUGAUAACAGCUCCUUCAUCGUGGUUGUCGGGAGGAAUAAGUGCGAGGAUCUAUGUAAAGCGGAACAUACAGCACGACGAUUCUGUCUUUGUUACUUACUUUCGCUUAAGUAAUGCUCUGCUUACAUUACUCCGCGCCAGCGCAGAGGGAGGCUCCUCUGGCCGGGGCACAGCUCUGCGAGGGGGCUGUGACGGUGAACUUGUCAUCUUCCUCGACUGCUUCAAGAGCUAUGAGGACCAGAGGCCUCGCCGUACAGAGAUCAUCAAGGACAUGCAGGCACUGCUGAAGUCCUGGUGGCAGAACCCAGUCCCCGGGCUGAGCCUCGAGUUUCCUAAGCAGGACACGCCCGGGGUCCUCCGGUUCCGACUGGCAUCUACAGACCCUGAAAACUGGAUGGAUGUUAGCUUGGUGCCCGCCUUCGACGCUCUGGGGCAGCUCAGGUCCAACGUCGAAGCCAAGUGCCAGGCCUACUCGACCCUCCUGGACAGCGGCUGUCAGGGGGGCGAGCACGCGGCCUGCUUCACAGAGCUGCGGAGAAACUUCGUGAACACUCGCCCACCCAAGCUGAAGAACCUGAUCCUGCUGGUGAAGCACUGGUACCGCCAGGUGUGCCCACAGGAGUCGAAGAAGAAGAUGCCCCCAGCCUAUGCUUUGGAGCUGCUGACCAUCUUCGCCUGGGAGCAGGGCUGUGGGAAGGAUGCCUUCAUCCUGGCCCAAGGCCUCCGGACCGUCCUGGGCCUGAUCCAACAGUACCAGCACCUGUGUGUUUUCUGGACCAUCAACUACAGAUUCGAGGACCCCACAGUUGGGACGUUCUUGCGGCGCCAGCUUGAGAGACCCAGGCCCGUGAUCCUGGACCCUGCUGACCCCACGUGGGAUGUGGGGAACGGGGCCGCCUGGCGCUGGGAUCUGCUGGCCCAGGAGGCAGAGUCCAGCUAUGACGAGCCGUGCUUUCUUCAGGCGGCGAGGGAUGCUGUGCAGCCCUGGGAGCUGCCAGGCCUUCUACAUGCUGGGAGCUUGGUUUCGAACCACCGUGUCCUGGGAGACUCUGUUCCGAAGACCCCCAGGGACAGCAGCAGUCUCAGUGCUGUGUGCCCAAGGUCAGGGAGCAGGCAGCCCCCACGCCUGGCUCCUGACCCCUUAGUGGUGGCCAGCAUCACCCCCUCUAUGCCAGGGGGGGUCUCAGAUCUGUCUCAGAUCCCUGCCAAUGAGCUGGACCGCUUCAUCAAAGACCACCUGCAGCCAAAUCCCCAGUUCCUGAAGCAGGCGAACAAAGCCAUUGACGGCAUCCUGAGCUGCCUCAAUAAGAACUGUGUCUACAAGGCCUCGAGAGCCAGCAAGGGAGGCUCAUUCGGCCGGGGCACGCACCUCAGGGGUGGCUGUGAUGUCGAACUCGCCAUCUUCCUCAACUGCUUCAAGAGCUUCAAAGACCAGAGGGCCCGCCGUGCAGAGACCCUUGAAGAGAUGCGGGCACAGCUGGAAUCCUCAUGGCAAGAUCCCGUCCCCGACCUGAGCCUCCAGUUUUCAAAGCACACUGUGCCCGAGGCUUUGCAGUUCCAAUUAGUGUCCACGACCCUAGGAAGCCAGAUGGACGUCAGCCUGCUGCCCGUCUUUGAUGCCGUGGGGCCGCUCAGCUCUGGCACCAAACCUGAGCCCCAGGUCUACUCGACCCUUUUGGUUAGCGGCUGCCAGGAGGGCGAGCAUGCCGCCUGCUUCACAGAGCUGCGGAGAAACUUCGUGAACACUCGCCCACCCAAGCUGAAGAACCUGAUCAUGCUGGUGAAGCACUGGUACCGCCAGGUUGCAGCUCAGAACAAAGGAGAGCGGCGGGGCUGUGCCUCCCUGCCCCCAGCCUAUGCCCUGGAGCUCCUGACCAUCUUCGCCUGGGAGCAGGGCUGUGGGAAGGAGAGUUUCAACAUGGCGACAGGCCUAAGGACCGUCCUGAGCCUUGUCCAAAAGCACCAGCAGCUCUGUGUCUUCUGGACAGUCAACUAUAGCUUGGAGGACCCAAGUCUCAGAACACACAUGCUUGGCCAGCUUCGCAAACCCAGGCCCCUGAUCCUGGACCCUGCCGACCCUACCUGGAACGUGGGCUGCGGCAGCUGGAAGCUACUGGCCGAGAACGCAGCAGCCUUGGAGACUCAGGCCUGCUUGAUGAGUAGAGAAGGGACGCCUGUGGAACCGUGGGACGUGAUGCCCGCUCUCCUCUAUCAGACCCCCGCCGAGGACCUCGACAAGUUCAUCACUGCAUUCCUCCAGCCCAACAGCCAGUUCCUGGCUCAGGUGAACAAGGCCGUCGAUGCCAUCUGCUCAUUCCUAAGGGAAAACUGCUUCCGGAAUUCUCCCAUCAAAGUGCUCAAGGUGGUCAAGGGUGGCUCUUCAGCCAAAGGCACAGCUCUGCAAGGCCGCUCGGAUGCCGACCUCGUGGUAUUCCUCAGCUGCUUCAGCCGGUUCACGGAGCAAGGGAACAUGCGGGCCGAGAUCAUCUCGGAGAUCCGAGCGCAGCUGGAGGCGUGUCAGCGGGAGUGGCCGUUCGAAGUGAAGUUUGAGAUCUCCAAGUGGGAGAAUCCCCGCGUGCUGAGCUUCUCGCUGACGUCCCGGACGAUGCUGGAACAGAGCGUGGCCUUCGACGUGCUGCCAGCCUUCGACGCCCUAGGCCAGCUGGUCGCAGGCUCACGGCCCCGCCCCCAGGUCUACGUGGACCUGGUGCACAGCUACAGCCACGCGGGCGAGUACUCGCCCUGCUUCACGGAGCUGCAGCGGAACUUCAUCGUCUCUCGCCCCACCAAGCUGAAGAGUCUGAUCCGACUGGUGAAGCACUGGUACCAGCAGUGCAACAAGAUGCCCAAGGGGAAAGGCUCCCUGCCGCCCCAGCACGGGCUGGAACUCCUGACCGUGUACGCCUGGGAGCAGAGCGGGCAGGGCACCCAGUUCAACAUGGCCGAGGGCUUCCGCACUGUCCUGGAGCUGGUCACCCAGUACCACCAGCUCUGCAUCUACUGGACUGUCAACUACAACUACGAGAACAAGACCGUCGCAGACUUCCUGAAGCUGCAGCUUCAGAAGCCCAGGCCCAUCAUCCUGGAUCCCGCUGACCCGACAGGCAACCUGGGCCACAAUGCCCGCUGGGACCUGCUGGCCCAGGAAGCCGCAGCCUACACGUCCGCCCUGUGCUGCAUAAGCCGGGAUGGCAGCCCCGUCCAGCCAUGGCCCGUGAAGGCUGCUGUGUGAAGCCCGGAAAAUCAGCGGUCACCAGAUGGACGGAUGGACACCAGCCUUCAGCAUGGAGAGACUCAGGGGCACCUGCCAGAUGUGUGUGUGUGUGAGAGAGAGAGAGAGAGAAUUAAGAGAUUGAGAUUCAGUGAAUCCACUCUCCUCAGUCCAGCCUCCCAGCUGACAUUCCUGCCUGCCGGCUCUGCCCUCUCCUCCAGGCAGCCCCCUCUGCUUACCCAGCCUCGCCGAACUUCAUUGAAUCCCCCCGUAUCAGACUACCCAUUCCACACACUCCCCUGCCUCCUGCUGCCUACACACUGGAGUCCAGAUGCCAUGGGUUGGCACCAGCCUGGGGUUCCAGCUUUUCUAUCACCAUUAUGACUCUCUGUUCUCAGCUGCAUCUCACACUGCACCCUGCUCCCGCCGAGAAUGUCCUCCUUCCCCCCGGUUUCUGUCUGCCCGUCUACACAAGCUCACAUCCUUCUUCCUGAAAACCAUCCAUGACCUCCCAAUGGCUUCUCCUCCUUCCCCAAUCCAAGAACUUUUCAUCUUGGCAAAAUUUUCAUCUCUUUUUUUCAGCCACACUCAGUUGGUUAUGGCUGCCCAGAGCUCUAGGUUUUGAAGGAUUCUGAAGAAUGGAUAGCUGGGAAGAGUGACCUAAUCAGUGAGUGAUGUCUGUCAUGGAUGCAGCAUGGGAAAGGAGGCAUAAGUGCCGUGAUCGAUUAGCAAUGUCUGGCCCGGAUGCAGGAAGAAGGUGCUCGCAGAACUGCAGUAUAUGUCUGGACUAUCAAGAAGCCCUCUGAGCUCAGCCGCCAGCAGGAGAGCAUGCCCAGAUCGGUUAGCUUUGUCUGCCAUAGAUGCGGACCGAGGGAGUGGGGACAUGCAGGCCAUGUGGUCCCUCUCCUUGAACACUUCAUUGGAUACCUUUUCAUCGGAGGCCUCCUUUCGUUCGCCCUUCCUGUUUCACUCAUCUUCCCAGUUUCACUCAUCU